AUGAUUAUGCAUUAUACCUUCAUCAUCUACACCCCAAUUAUUCACACCAUCAUAUUCUUAUCCCCAUAUAUCUCCCACAUCCUCAUACACCUUCCACAUUCUCAUACGUCCUCUCACAUCCUCAUACAUCUCCCACAUUCUCAUACACCUUCCACAUCCUCAUACACCUUCCACAUCAUACCUCCCAAUUCUCAUACACUUCCACACCUCAUACAUCUCCCACAUUCUCAUACACCUUCCACAUCCUCAUACAUUCCCACAUCCUCAUACAUCUCCACAUUCUCAUACACUUCCACACCUAUACAUCUCCCACAUUCUCAUACACCUUCCACAUUCUCAUACACCUUCCACAUCCUCAUACAUCUCCACAUUCUCAUACAUCUCCCACAUCAUACAUUCCCACAUACACCUUCCACAUCCUCAUACAUCUCCCACAUUCUCAUACACCUCCACAUCCUCAUACAUCCCCACAUUCUCAUACACCUCCACAUCCUCAACAUCUCCCACAUUCUCAUACGUCUCCACAUUCUCAUACAUACUCCCACAUCCUCAUACAACUCCACCAUCUCAUACAUCUCCCAACAUUUCUUCAUACACCUUCCACAUCCUCAUACAUCCACAUCCUCAUACAUCACAUCCUUCCACAUCUCAUACAUCUUCCACAUUCCCAUCAUACACUUCUCCAUACAUCCUUCCACAUUUCUCAUACAUCUCCCACAUCUCAUACGCCUUUCCACAUCCCACACAUCCUCCCACAUUCUCAUACACCUUCCACAUCCCUCAUACAAGCUCACAUUCUCAUACACCUUCCACAUCCUCAUACACCUUCCAUCCUCAUACAUCUCUAUACACACACCCUAUCCUCAUACUUACAUCUCAAUCCCUUCACAUUCUCAUACACCUUCCACAUCCUCACACAUACACCCUUCACAUCUCCAACAUCUUCCCACACCUCAUACAUCUCCCACAUUCUCAUACACCUUCCACAUCCUCACACAUCUCCCACAUUCUCAUACACCUUCCACAUCCUCAUACAUCUCCCACAUCCUCAUACAUCUCCCACAUUCUCAUACCCCUUCCACAUCCUCAUACAUCUCCCACAUCCUCAUACAUCUCCCACAUUCUCAUACACCUUCCACAUCCUCAUACAUCUCCCACAUUCUCAUACACCUUCCACAUCCUCAUAACCUUCCCACAUCCUCAUACACCUUCCACACCCUCCAUACAUCUCCCCACAUUACACCUUCCCACCCUCAUACAUCUCCCACAUUCUCAUACACCUUCUCAUACACACCCCUCAUCCAUCUCCCACAUUCUCAUACAUCUCCUCACAUUCUCAUACACCUCACAUCCAUACAUCUCCCAUUCUCAUACACUUCCACAUCUCAUAACAUCUCCCACAUUCUCAUACACUUCCACAUCCUCACACAUCCCCACAUCCAUACACCUUCCACAUCCUCAUACAUCUCCCACAUCCCUCAUACAACAUCUCCCACAUUCUCAUACACCUUCCACAUCCUCAUACAUCUCCCACAUCCUCAUACAUCUCCCACAUCCAUACAUUCCUCAUACAUCUCCCACAUUCUCAUACACCUUCCACAUCCUCAUACAUACAUCUCAUACAUCCUUCAUACACCUUCCACAUCCUCAUACACCUUCCACAUCCUCAUACACCUUUCCACAUCCUCAUACAUCUUCCAUACAUUCCUCAUACACAUCCACAUCCUUCAUACAUCUCCCACAUUCUCAUUACAUCCUCAUCCACAUCCUCAUACACCUUCCAACAUUCUCCCAUCCUACACCUUCCACAUCCUCAUACACCUUCCACACAUCCUCAUACACCUUCCACAUCCUCAUACAUCUCCCACUCCUCAUACACCUUCCACAUCCUCAUACACCUCCACAUUCCUCAUACAUCUCCCACAUCCUCAUACACCUCCACAUCUCAUACAUCUCCCACAUUCUCAUACACCUUCCACAUCCUCAUACAUCUCCCACAUUCUCAUACACCUUCCACAUCCUCAUACACCUUUCCACAUCCUCAUACACCUUCCACAUCCUCAUACACCUUCCACAUUCUCAUACACCUUCCACAUCCUCAUACAUCUCCCACAUUCUCAUACAUCCGCCAUCCUCAUACAUCUCCCACAUCCUCAUACACCUUCCUCAUCAUCAUCCCAUCUCAUACAUCUCCCACCUCAUACACCUUCCACAUCCUCAUACAUCUUCCACAUUCUCAUACACCUUCCACAUCCUAUAAUCUCCCACAUUCUCAUACCCCUUCCACAUCCCCACACACCCAACAUAACCCUCAUGGACCUCAUACUUCAUACGAGUUUGUACACAUUAGCCAGGACCCUCCAGAACAAAAGGUCUUUGUGUACAAGUAAUGGUCCGCGGUCUCCUGAACCUGCUUCACCUUAG